AUGGGCGCUUCAGAGGAACAAGAUCGAGUGGCCGUGACCAACUCCCCCGAUGCGCCCGGCGCCAUCGAGCUGAGUGCAAUGCAUAGUCCUACCACGAGCUCCCGCCAUCGCGACCCCGAAUCCAGCCCGCUAGCAUGGCUCUGUGUUUUAGGGUCUUUCAUGUUUCUAUAUCCAUCAUACGGAUUCAUGCAAUCUGUUGGAACGGUCCAGUCAUACCUUCAGCUACACCAGCUGAGUGAGUACUCUACCCGAGAUCUAGGUUGGAUCAGCGGCAUCUUCACCUCGCUUUCAUUGUUCCUCGGAAUACAGGCCGGGCCGUUGAUGGACGCCUAUGGAACGAAGUUUCUGGCCCCCAUUUCUGUAGCACUCUAUGUCCCUGUAUUCUUCAUCAUGGGCGAAUGCACACAAUAUUGGCACUUCAUUCUCUGCCUGGGAGUGCUGGGUGGUAUCGGCGGCGCUCUCACCUCGACCGUUGCGGUGGCAGCCAUUGGGAAGCUCUUUAAUCGUCGCAAGGGACUUGCCAUGGGUGUCGCACUAUCCGGAUCCUCGUUUGGAGGUGUCACCAUCUCGAUGAUGCUUCGAUCUAUACUACCUAGACUGGGUUGGCAGUGGUCCAUGAGGAUCAUGGGCUUCCUAGUCCUCGGUAUCCUAGUAGUGGGUGUCGCAUGCUUUCUUCCGUACCCCCGCUUAUCCACCCCCGUUUCUGGAGCACCCGUAGGGAGAGUAGGGGCUAUGCUCAACUUCUCGGCCUUUCGAUCCCCACCAUUUGGCUUCAUGGCCGGGGGCCUCUUUAUGCUAGAGUUUGUUCUCUUUGGCAUAACCGGUCUACUCCCUACUUUUGCCAUUGCCGCUGGCUUCCCUUCCAACAUUGGAUUCUCCCUCGUAGCCAUCCUGAAUGGCACCUCAUGCUUUGGUCGCAUCAUGACCGGCGUAAUCGGUGAUAGGCUGGGACACCUCAAUAUCCUUCUGAUAAUGAUAGGAAUAACCAUCGUGUUUACUGGGGUUGUUUUCGUGCCCUUUGGAACCAAGCAUAUCGGCGCCUUGUACGCGUUUACCGCUCUUUGGGGCUAUGGAUCUGGAUCCUUUCUUUCAAGCACACCAGUCUGUUUAGGAAAGACUUGCGAGCCAAAGGAUUACGGGAGAUAUCUUGGCACGAUGUACUUUGUGGUCAGUUUCUCACUGCUGGUAACUGUACCCAUCGGUGGGCAGAUGCUUGAGAGUAUGGGUGGGACAGCGCUCUCGGGGUUUUAUCUCGCCAUUCUCUUUCUGGGUGGCGUUUGUUACUUUGCUGCUCGCUCCCUUCUUCUAGGCGGAUGGCUCACCUUUAGAGCUAGGAUCUAG